AUGGAGAUACGCGAUGCAAAGAAUAAAGUCAUACGUAUUAAAAAAAUGGAUAUCGCUGCAUUUGUAGACUCCUGUAGGAUAUGUAUGCUGCGUAACUCAAACAUGAGUGGUAUUUUUGAGACAGAGAGCGAGCAUAUUAUCCAAGAAAUACUAUUUUGCACUGGUAUAACGUUAAAAAAAGAAGAUGGGUUUCCAACAAAAAUAUGCACACAGUGUCUGAAAAAUCUCACCGUUGCAUACAAGUUUAAAACAUCAUGCAUUCUGGCUGACAAGACAUUCCGAAAAUUAGUCAUAGAUACAGACAUAAAGGCUGAAGUACCUGAAAUCACCGAUGAAGAAUUUGAUGUGCAUAUGGAAUACGAAGAUGAGUUUGAAGAAAAGGUCAAAGAGGAAGUGGAUUGGGAACCUGUGUUAACACAUAAUGUAAGAAGAAAAGAACGGCUAAAAAAGAAAGAAGCAGCGCAGAGUGUCCUGGAAAAACAACCGCCGAAGCGCGUGGGCCGUCCGAAGUCAGCGACCGCCGCUCCCCGGCCAUUGAAAAAGUAUAAAUUCAAGAAGUUGCACUGCGAGCCUUGUAAUAUCAAGUUCACGAACAAGCAGCAGUGUGAUGAUCACAAGAAGGCGCUCCACAAGGACAGUAACCACUGGGUUUGUGAGAUCUGUGGCAAGAUGUUCGUGCACCGAGCGUCCCAUUACACGCAUGUCAAGUCCCACCUCCCCCCACAGUUCGCGUGCGAUCAAUGCGACUAUAAAACAUCGCAUAAACACGAUCUCGUUAAGCAUAUUCGCAUACACACCGGUAUAAAAAUGUACCAAUGUGAGUACUGUACAGCCUCUUACUACACGUCUUCGAACCUGACCAUGCACACGCGUCGUAAUCACAUGAAACAGCGUCCCUUCGAGUGCAGCAUCUGUCGCAGGACAUUCUUCGACAGGACCAAGCUUAACAGACAUAUUGAUACACAUAACGAUAUUAAGAGCGUUCCUAGGUUCGAGUGUGAGGUAUGUCAUGCGUGUUUUACACGCCGCUGCUACUGGAAGAAGCACCUCCUCAGGCAACACGACAUCGUAACCCCCCCUCAACGACCCGGGCGGCAGAAAACCAACGCAGUUGUUGGCGAAGAAUUAAUGGAGAAGGUUAAUUUAGUGAUAAGACCUAGGGAUACUGUGGGGGAUUGUUUGGGUGAUAAAAGUAAUGUUAUUGACGAGUAUGUCAUUGAAAGAGUUGAUUAG